AUGACAGGAAUGCGAUGCCCAUACGCUAUCCUGACAGCUUGCUCACAGUCGCAUGUAUUUGAAGAAAGGCGUUUUACAGUUCCAAAUUCAGAAGAAGAGGCAAUAAAGAUUGGACGAUCAGUUGCACGAUGGAAACCUAGCUCAGAUAAUGCUAUCUUUGAUUGCAAGGUGUUAUCAAGAAAUCAUGCUGUCUUAUGGCAUGAGGAAGGUUGUUUCUUACUCAAAGAUACGAAAAGCAGCAAUGGGACGUUUGUCAAUAAUGACCGAUUGUCGAAAAGUGCGGAAGAGAGUUCCCCGCGACAGAUAUAUUCCGGUGAUAUAUUACAAUUCGGUGUAGAAAUUUCUGAAAACGCUAAUAAAGUUACUCAUGGUUGUAUCUUGGCUAUGAUACGUCUUUAUGAUGCAAAUGGUGAGGAGGCUUGUCCUCCGGAUAAUAUGGAAAUUAAUGGAUAUUUAAGAGCUCAUCAUGGCAAUGAUUCCCUGAUGUUUCCACUGGUUGACUCUCAUCAGCUCUUCCAGUUGCAGCACUACAUGCGUGAAGCAAUGUAUCGGGAACGUGCACUGGAGCAAAAACUAACAAUGCUAGAAAGUAUUCUUUCUUCUACUGAGCAGGCGGCUGAGUCAGGCUGCCAGGCGUUGAUAAGCGAAGAUCAGUUGUUGUCGCGGAUCGAAAUGUUGGAAGGACAGCUUGCAUUGUAUUCGAGAAAUAUUCUUAGCGAAAAGGUAAAAGAACAAAUGAGUGACUUACUUGUGGACAAAAACAAAUUUGAAUCGCUUGCAAAGGAAUCGUUACGUAGAGCACAAGAAGAACGAUGCGAGGCUUUGCUACGACUUGCUGAUGUUGAAAGAAGCCUACUUAAUGCUGAAGAAGAGUCAUCGGUUCUGAGACAGCGAGUUUCUGAUUUACAAAAUGAACUCUCUGUGGCGGUGGAUGCAAAUAGUUUGCUUCGAGAUCAUGUCUCACAGUUAAAAAAGCAAUUGAGAGCAAUGGAAAUUAAAUAUGGGGACUUGGAAAACAAAAAUUUUCAGAUAAAUUUAUUGUGCGAUAAAUCGCGGAUAAAAGAAAAAGAUAGACCAAAGAUAUCCGACUCGCAAUACCUGAAUACAUCACAAGGUGAAAAUGGUUAUGCAAAAUUAUACUUGUGUGAUGAGAAGAGCCAGGCAAUGCUGGAAGUGAGGUUAACGUCUUGUCGAUCCAACUAUGAUUUUGGUGCUUUACUGCUAUGUGCAUUACCACUUUUUUCGGUGAUAUUUGUUGUUUACAGUGUCGGAACGAUGCUUACAUCCUCCAUUUUGAGUAAAAUCAAAAGAGAAUAG